AUGGGUAGUCUCUGCUCAAACAUUGAAAAGGACGAUGCGCCUGGCGAAAAGGAUGGUCAGGCUCAGAGACGGAACAGCAAAACACUCACCCGACAAUCCUCCAAGCGCCUGCACAAGAAGAUAUCUCAUCGCCUCCACCGACAACGCAAUCAAUCUACAUCACCAGAAGACGACUUCAUGACCCAUCAUCAAGCAGACAAGAACAUGGCGCAGCAAAUCAUCGCCGCCCACGAUGAGGUCAUCGACAAGACUCUCGCCAGCCUUGCCGCUGACCCCGAGCUCACGCGCCGCCUCAAGCGCUCGGCUGAUAAGCUUGACGAGUUCGACAACGUCCAAGAUUACAUGGCCCGCAGAGCCGACAUGCAGCACCGCGAGGCCGCCAUCUCGUUUGACUUCAGACGUACAGUGUUGGCGAGCGAGAAAGAGCGCAAGGCAAAUGAGAUUCUGCAGAAUCUCAAGAAAAGUGACAACGACAAGGUGUAUGCCGCUCAAAACGCCGCUGAUGACAAAGAUGGAAAAACGAGGAGGGGAUGGGGUGGCCAGAAGCACGAGCGAUACGCCGGCGACCACUUCCUCUCCAACGUUGACUUGAUUCCAGAGACAGACUUGUACAAGGUUGCGCGCAAGAUGCCCAAGGGCGCGCACCUGCAUAUCCAUUUCAACUCUUGUCUGGAGCCAACUGUGCUUUUGAACAUUGCCAAAGACAUGGAUCGCAUGUUCAUCAUGAGCGACAAACCGCUGAACGAACCGCUGGCGCCCGCAAACGCAGGCACAGCCAGCACGGAAGAAGCCGCAAACGCAGGCAAAGCCAGCACAGAAGAAGCCGCAAAUUUGGCAAAUUUGGCUCUUGAUAGCUGCGAGAUUAAGUUUCAAAUCAUGUCAGCCGAGGACGAAACAGAUAAGAAGAAAGAAGCAGCCGAGGCGAACAAGAAAGCCAAGAAUAACAAAAACGCCGACGAUGAAGCAAACGAGGAACUGUACAACCUUUUCUCGCCCACUUAUGCAUCAUGGGGGCCGAUGAAAUAUACGGAAUUCCUCAAGCAAUUCAAGAAGACCUACGAGAAAGACCCGGAGAAAUGGCUUGUUAGCAAGCUGGUGUUUCAUGAAGAAGAAGUUCAUAAUCACCUCCAGACGGUUCAGGGUAUAUGGGCAAAGUUUGACGGACGUACGAGAAUGAUGAAGGGGCUCUUCAACUACGAGGAGGCGUAUCGCGCAUACACUAGAGCCCUCCUGGAGAAUUUCGUCAAAGAAAAUAUCCAGUACGCAGAGAUCCGUCCAAAUUUCAUGGAUACAAAUCAAGUGUGGACAAACGACGGCCUGGGCCAGUUCAAGAACGAUGACAUCAUGGAAAUCAUCAUAAAAGAGUACGAAGCGUUCCAGAAAGAGACAAACGGCUAUUUUGGUGGCAUGAAAGUGAUUUACUGCACGCCUCGAUCGUUCAGCACCGAAAAGGUUCAGGCUGCUCUCAACGAGUGCCUGGAAUUCAAGGACAGGUGGCCCCAGUGGAUUGCAGGGUUCGAUUUGGUCGGCAACGAAGCCAAGGGGAAGCCGCUCAAGGCGUUUAUCCCCGAGUUCUUGGAGUUUAGAGAGAAUUGCAAGAAGGCCAAGGUUGACAUUCCGUUCCUCUUCCACUGCGGCGAGACGAACGAGAUUGGUGGCGACACAGACGGCAACCUGGUGGAUGCCCUGCUGCUCAACUCAAAGCGCAUCGGCCACGGCUUUGCUCUGCCCAGGCACCCCUACGUCAUGGAGCAGAUGAAGAAGAAGGGCAUCUGCCUCGAGGUGUGUCCCAUCUCGAACGAGCAGCUCGGCCUCACGCCGAGGAUCGGAGGCCACGCCAUGUACAACCUCCUCGCGAACAAUGUGCACUGCACUGUCAACUCGGACAACGGGACGCUUUUCAGAUCAAGCCUCUCUCACGACUUUUACCAGGUCAUGGUUGGGAAGUCCGACAUGACGCUGCACGGCUGGAGACAGCUGAUCGAGUGGAGUUUAGAGCACUCGUGCAUGUCCAAGGAGGAACUGAAACCCGUGUAUGCAAAGUGGGAGGAGCUGUGGGAGGAGUUCCUUGACUGGAUCAUCAGCGAGUACGCCGAACCCGCGUCAGAGGACAAGAAAGUGUCGGCCUGA